AUGGUGGGUACUCGUCGUAAUGGUAACCCAUCUAGUAGCAGUAGUCAGAUGCCUGAAGUGGAACCGCACCAUCUUUUGGAGAUGAUUCAUGGAUUAGUGGUGAAUCAGCAAUUCUUGGCCGGACACUUGCAGCGGGAGCCUCAGCACCAGCCUCCCCCUCGUCCAGAGUCUAGUGUUAGGGAGUUCCGGUAUAUGCGGCCUCCUUCUUUCUCUGGUGCCGAAGGACCUUUAGCAGCAGAGGAGUUUCUCAAGGUCACAGAGACUAUCCUUACGGUGACUCGUAUUCCCCAUGCAGAGUGGGUAGAUCUCAUGGAUAUUCAGCUCACCGACACUGCUCGGAUUUGGUGGACUGCAGAGAAGGCUCAUUUGGAGAGACCGAUUUCGUGGGAUACCUUCACAGACCGUUUCAACAGGAAGUACUUUCCUCAGUCGGCUCAGGACGAGCUUUUGGAAGAUUUGUUGAGCUCAAGCAAGGACGUCGAUCGGUUGAUGAACCCUACCAUAAGGAGGCAUCAGUUUCAAAAGGGCCUGGAUAAGUAUAUCAGGUUUGCUUUGGCUGGUAGAGCACUUGCGACUCACGAUGCCGUGUUGGAUGCAGCAUGCGAGAUCAAGAGCAUUCAGAAGGAACCUGAAGACCCACAUGUGAUCCAGAGCAGGACACCAGCAGCUCCAGCCCGAGAUGACGAGCGUCCACCUUCUAGGCAGCAGCAAAAUCCGCAGCGACAGUAUUUUUCUCAGCGCCAGCCACUUCCUCCUGUGCAUCCCUAUCAGUACCCUGGAGUGCAGACUCUCGGCCAGCCUUCGGAGAAGUGUUCCUAUUGUAGUUUCCGUGGGCAUACCCAUCAGAAGUGCCCCAAACGUCCUCGUUUGUGCUUCAACUGUAGAUCCCCUGACCAUGUCAACCGGGAAUGUCUGCAGCGACAGUAA